AUGGCCUUUUCCACCACCAACAACCACGCCCACAUGGACUUCCACAGGCCCUCGUCGACGCUGUCCUCCAACGACCGGAAACCCGUCGCCUCGGCCUUUGCCAUGGACGACGCCGCCAUCCUCGACACACCCACCCUCAUGUCGCCCACCACCUCCACCCAGGGCAUCUUCUCCCCCGACGCCUCCAUCUGGGAGGACUUCUCACACCCCCACUUUGUCGACCGCACCGCCACCAGCUCCGUCGUCAACGCAAACGCAAACAACCCCUUCUUCACCGAGCAGAGCAACAACCCCUUCGCCCGCCUGCCCCCCAACCAAGCCGCAACCUACGGCCAGCAGUCGUGGCCCCUCGACAGCGCGGCCCUUCGCACCCCAACCGCCCCCAAGCCCUCUAACCCCUUUGGCCCUGGCGACUUUGGCGUCCAGCCCGCCUUUGUCCCUGAGCCCCAGCAGCCAAUGUUCCACGCCCUCCCCGUGCACGCAAACGUCAGGCCCACCGCCGUCUUCCCCACCGCCCCCGUGGACCAGCCCAUGUCCCCCCACACCCACUCGGACUGGAUGGCCUUCAACCAGCAGGAGAUGGACGCCCGCCCCGGGCCCAAGCGCAUGCGGCCCAACACGCCUCCCCCCCGUGGCUUCUCCCCUCGCCGCGACGGUGGCAUCCGCAAGAAGAAUGCCCGCUUCGACAUACCCGCCGAGCGCAACCUCUUCAACAUCGACCAGCUCAUCUCCAGCUGCACCAACGAGGACGAGAUGAAGGAACUCAAGCAGCAAAAACGUCUCCUCCGCAACAGACAGGCCGCCCUUGACUCUCGCCAGCGCAAGAAGAAGCACACGGAAGAGCUCGAGGAAGAGAAGAAGGGCUGGAUCGAGAAGAUGUGCGGCAUGCAGGACGAGUUUGCUGCCAUGCGCAUCGAGUACGACCAGCUGGUGGCCGACAAGGAGAACUGGCACCGCGAGUCCAUGGACAUGCAUCACAUGAUCAACCAGCUGCAGUUCGACAAGGAAGAGCUCGUCCGCAACCACACCCUCGAGACGGGCGAGCUUCGCAAAAAGGUCGCCGUUCUCACCGAGCGCCUCGAGAACAGCUCCAGCAGCAUGGCCGUCGCCCCCAGCACCACCUUCACCGACUUUGCUUCCGACAUGGACAACCUCCACAUGGGCGGCAACGAGUGGGACAACUACAUCUUCGUCAACGACUUCGCCUCGGACGAGCACACCCCGCAGGAACUGCCCAUGGCCAUUGUGCCCCGUGCCAAGGAAGAGAAGGAGCCUGUCGCGUCCGGCCUCCUGCUCAUGCUGCUCCUGUGCGGCGCUUUCGUCGCAAGCAAGUCUGGCUCCGCCGCCGCCCCGCCCAUGCCUCGCAUGCCCGACGAGGUUCGUGCCGCUUCGGCUACUGUUCUCGACAGCAUCCUCAAGGAUGCUGGCCUCUCGUCCGCCUUUACCGAGCAAGGUCUCCUGGCCAACACCGUCUCGGGUGGGGAGCCCGCCCCGUCCGGCCUGGCCUGGCCCAAGGCUACCCUCUCUGGCUCCGAGCUCGCCGGCAUCUCUGGAUCGCACCUCGACCAGCUGCACGCCCAGCUCGCUGCCCCUACCAAGGACCAGGAGAACGAGCAGCUGUUCUCCAUCACGCCCGCGCAGUACAACAGCAUGACUUCGCUCGACUUCACCCGCCCUCGCUACAGCAUGGGCAGUGACGACCUCGGCGACCCACUCUCCCCCUCUCAACCAUCGCACCGCCGCAACCUCGCCGCCACGCUUGCCGCCAUGCGCGAGCAGAACAAGGGCGAGUCUGCCGCCGAGGUGUACACGCGCAGCCUGCUCUGGGACAAGAUCUCCCCCGAGGUUGUCCACGAGUUCAAGCGCAUCGUUGAGGAGUCCACCGCCAUGUCGAGGCCCAACACCUCCGAGGGCCUCGAGGCCGAGGGCUGA